AAUGUCCUCCACAUUUAGGUUUCUCGUCGAAGGAGUUGGAUUGAUAAGUAUUGGACUCCUUGGAACUCUGGGUAACACUGUCUGUUUGAUCUGGUUUUGUAGGAAGGCUGGCCAGAGAAACUUCCAUCAGCUGAUGCAAUUCCUGGCCUUCUUUGAUUUGAUGUAUGUUCUUCUUUCUAUUAUGAUGUUUGGAGUUCCUAGCGUCCUACCGGAGAUUGGAGGAACACUGGAGUUCAAAUGGAUGGUCACAACUUUUCUACCCUUCGCUCAAAUAGGGCUAACAGGAUCUAUUUACAUGACGCUUGCGAUAGCUAUUGAACGAUAUACAACCGUUUGCCACCCGUUUUUUAAGUUUUAUCACGGAUGGUCUGCUAAACUUUAUAUUCUUCCAAUCCUCAUUUUCUCAAUUCUUUUCAACAUUCCUAAAUUCUUCGAACUCAGGGUCACGAAAGUAAACAUUGUAAACACAACCCUGGCACACAAUGCCAGUACAAUAGAUGAAAACAACGGGACUCUAUCUGUACAUAGCUAUGAUCUAUGUACAGAGGAGCUGUACAACUGUACAGAACUGGUUCCUGGAUUCUACAAUUCAUCUCUACAUCUUACAUCAGAAAACGACGACAUUGUCGAGAAUUUCCAGAAUGGAACGGGGCAAAUGAGCAACCAGACUGUGAGAAUAGUUCCAACUGAUUUAAGAAUCAACCCAACCUAUAUCAAGGUUUAUCUUAUCUACCUAAACCUCUUCAUUCAUGGAGUCAUUCCCCUCAUAUGUCUAGUCAUUCUCAAUACAGCUGUUUAUAAACAGAUGUGGCGGAUGAACCAGUGUUGUGAGGAUGAGAGAAGGAAUUUUAUUCAUCAACGAGAGAUCAGGUUGAGCCAGGUUUCUCUUCUAAUUGUUCUUGUAUUCAUUAUAUGUCACAGUAUUCGUUGGAUUCCUAAUAUAUUUGAGCUCUACAAUGCAGAGGAGGAUGAAUGGCCCUCUUGGUUAAACUAUUUCUCAGGGGUAUCUCAUUUCUGUAUGACGUUCAAUGCUUCAGUGAAUUUCUACAUUUAUGCUAUCAAACACAGAACUCUCUUUACACACAGCCUGGAUGUUGAACCUGAGAGUAUGAUUGUACCAAACUGCCAAAAUGUUCAGAUAAACUGAUUAUAGAGGUUAAGUGGCGGAUUGUUCUUAGCAGAGCCAACCCCCAGUUGAUUAGCUCCUAAGCCUUCUCAUCAGCUCCUAAACCUUCUAAUCAGCUCCUAAGCCUUCUCAUCAGCUCCUAAACCUUCUCAUCAACUUCUGAACUUUCUCCUCAGCUCCUAAACCUUCUCAUCAGCUUCUAAACCUUUUCAUCAGCUCCUAAACCUUUUCAUCAGCUCCUAAACCUUCUCCUCAGCUUCUGAACCUUCUCCUCUGCUCCUAAACCUUCUCAUCAGCUUCUAAACCUUUUCAUCAGCUCCUAAACCUUUUCAUCAGCUUCUAAACCUUCUCAUCAGCUUCUGAACCUUCUCCUCGGCUGCAAAACCUUUACCUUAGCUCCUAAUCAUUCUCCUCAGCUCCUAAAUCUUUUCAUCAGCUCCUUAACAUUCUCAUCAGCUUCUAAACCUUCUCAGCAGCUCCUAAAGCUUAUCAGCAGUUUUUAAGCCAUCUCAUCAGCUCCAAAACCUUUUUUAUUAGCCCAUAAAUCUUCUCAUCAGCGCCAAAUCUUCUAAUUAGCUCCUAAACCUUCUCACUGGCUCUCAAAUAUUUCCAUCAGCUCCUAAACCCUCUCAUCAUUCUCUGAACCUUCUCACCAGUUCCUAAACCUUCUCUUCAGCUCCUAAACCUUCUCAGGAGCCCCUAAACCUUCUCAUCAGCUCCUAAACCUUCUCAUCAGCCCCUGAACCUUCUCAUCAGCGCCAAUCCUUUUCAUCAGCUCUUCAACCUUCUCACUAGCUCCCAAAUAAUUUUAUCAGCUCCUAAACCCUCUCACCAGCUCCCAAACCUUCUCAUUAGCUCCUUGACCUUCUCUGUAGCUUCUAACCCUUAUACUCAGCACCUAAACCUUUUCACUAGCUAGGCUCCUAAACUUUCUCACCAGCUCCUAAACUUUCUCACCAGCUCCAAAACCUUUUCAUCAGCUUCUAAACCUUCUCAUCCGCUCAUAAUCUUCUUUUCAACUCUAGAUCCUUCUCCUCAGCCCCUAAACCUUCUCCUUAGCUCCUAAACCUUCUCCUCGGCCUCUAAACCUUCUCCUUAGCUCCCAGCUUUUAAAUUCAGCUUUUAAACCGUUUAAUUAAAUUUGAAAUCUUCUUCUUCUCUAAUGAACCCAUGUAAAAUAUUAUAUUUGUUUAUUCAAUAUGUUGUAAAUGUAAAUUUUAAAAUAUAGAUGUCACUAGCUGAAGUGAUCAGCAAU